GACGCCCUGCCCUGGAGAGCGUCGCUGCCAAAUUAGGGGCCAACUAAGUAGGGCAGCUGGCGCGGGUUUCUGAGCUCAAAGCUCAGCGCCUGACGGAAGACCUCUGGAGCUGCAGCCCCCAAGCCGUCUCCGGUGGCGCCAUGCCGCGCCUUGACCUGAGACCCUGGGUCUGCCUGCUGCUGCUGGACUCAGCCUUUCUCUGGGUGCUCCAGGGGACUCUGGGGGCUCUGCUUCCUGGAGGGCUUCCAGGCCUAUGGCUGGAGGGGGCCCUGCGACUUGGAGGGCUGUGGGGGCUGUUAAAGCAGGGAGGACUGCUGGGAUUUGGGGGGACACUCCUGCCCCUGCUCUGCCUGGUGAUACCCUUGUUUCUCUCGCUGAGGGCCCUGGUCCCAGGGGCCUUGCGUGCACCCCCAGUCAGAGUGGCUUCAGCCCCUUGGAGCUGGCUGCUGGCUAGCUAUGGGGCUGUAGCGCUAAGCUGGGCAUUGUGGGCGGUGCUGAGUCCUCAGGGAGCCCCUGCCUCUGCCCAGGAGAGGAAGCAGGGCCAGGAGAACAAAGCCUUGAUGUGGAGGCUGCUGAAGCUCUCCAGGCCAGACCUACCCUUCCUCGCGGCGGCCUUCUUCUUCCUUGUUAUGGCCGUUUGGGGUGAGACAUUAAUUCCUUACUAUUCUGGCCGUGUGAUUGACAUCCUGGGAGGUGACUUUGACCCCGAAGCCUUUACCAGUGCCAUCUUCUUCAUGUGCCUCUUCUCCUUUGGGAGCUCACUGUCUGCAGGCUGCCGAGGCGGCUCCUUCCUCUUCACCAUGUCCAGAAUCAACUUGCGGAUCCGGGAGCUGCUCUUCUCCUCCCUGCUGCGCCAGGACCUUGGCUUCUUCCAGGAGAUUAAGACAGGGGAGCUGAACUCACGGCUGAACUCGGAUACUACCUUGAUGAGCCGCUGGCUUCCUUUUAAUGCCAAUGUACUCUUGCGAAGCCUGGUGAAAGUGGUGGGACUGUAUAGCUUCAUGCUCAGCCUGUCACCUCGACUCACCCUCCUCUCUCUGCUCAAUGUGCCCCUCUCAUUAGCCGUUGAUAAGGUGUACAAUUCACGCCAUCAGGCGGUACUCCAGGAGAUCCAGGAUGCUGUGGCAGGGGCAGGGCAGAUAGUGCGGGAAGCAGUUGGAGGGUUGCAGACUGUCCGGAGUUUUGGGGCAGAGGAGUGUGAGGUCUCUCGCUAUAGGGAGGCCCUUGAACGUUGCCGGCAGCUGUGGUGGCGGCGAGACCUGGAACGAGCUCUAUACCUGGUCUUCCGGAGGCUGCUGCAGUUGGCAGUGCAGGUGCUGAUGCUGAGCUGUGGCCUGCAGCAGAUACUGGCCGGGGAUCUCACGCAGGGCGGGCUGCUCUCCUUUCUGCUCUACCAGGAGGAUGUGGGACAUCACGUGUUUAGACUGGUAUACAUGUGGGGAGAUAUGCUGAGCAACGUGGGAGCUGCCAAGAAGGUUUUUUGCUACUUGGAUCGAAAGCCGAACCUGCCCCCACUGGGGACAUUGGCCCCUUCCACUCUGAAGGGGCAUGUGGAAUUCAGAGAUGUCUCCUUUGCGUAUCCCAAUCGCCCUGACCAGCCUGUGCUCAAGGGGCUGACGUUCACCCUUAGUCCUGGUGAGGAGACCGCGCUGGUAGGGCCCAAUGGGUCUGGGAAGAGCACAGUGGCUGCCCUGCUGCAGAAUCUGUACCAGCCCACAGGUGGUCAGCUGCUGCUGGAUGGGAAGCCCAUCUUGGAAUAUGAGCACUGCUACCUGCACAGAAAGGUGGUUUUGGUUGGGCAGGAGCCUGUGCUUUUCUCAGGCUCUGUGAGGGACAACAUUGCUUACGGGCUGGAGAACUGCAAGGAUGAGGAGGUUAUGGCCGCUGCCAAGGACGCGCAUGCAGAUAAAUUCAUCGCGGAAAUGGAGCAUGGGAUGCAUACAGAUGUAGGAGAGAAAGGGAGCCAGUUGGCUGCAGGGCAGAAACAGUGCCUGGCCAUUGCCCGGGCCCUUGUACGGGACCCACAGGUCCUCAUCCUGGAUGAGGCCACCAGUGCCCUGGAUGCUGAGUGUGAGAAGGCGCUGCAGGACUGGAGAGCCCGUAGGGGUCGAACGGUGUUGAAGAUUGCUCACAGGCUGAAGACAGUUCAAAAUGCUGACCGGAUCCUAGUGCUCAAGCAGGGGCAGCUGGUGGAUGAGGCCGAGCUCAUGAAGCAGCAGGACGCCUAUGCCCGUCUGGUGCAGCGGCAGCUGGAGACCUGAGGUCCAAGGGACACUGGGUCUUUCUCAUGGACAUCUCCACAGGCCAGGGUGGCUCCUGCUUUGAGUUUCCCUGGGGCUGUGCCCCUGGGUAGUUGUUCCUGGAGCUGGAGCAUGAUGGAGAUAUGCUUUUUGGGGAUGUGGUGGGGGCGGGGGGGGUCGGGGAGGUGGGGGUAUCACCUUAUUUCCUGGUUGAACAGAGCCUUGUUUGGUACUGUUGUGGCAUAAUAAAUAUAUUUAAAAAUUGUUUUUCAUUAU